AUGGCUACCAUCGCCGCAGUCUUGCUUUUCAGCUUCGGCAUGCCCUCAUACUCAUCCUUUGACAGCUUUAUUCGAUGCUUCGCUAAGUCCUCGGGCAGCCUGGACGUAGAAGAAGCCCUUAAACCCCGACACAUGAUCGCGCAAAAGAAACUGCGGGCUAUUGUUGGGGAUCUAGCCUUCUUCGAGGAUGACGAUACCGACUUCGAGUUUGGGUUCUACUUUGGAGUCGAGUGAUGCGGGUGAUCUGGGAGUAGUAACAGGGGUUUGUGGAUGACCUGUGCUUUGGGGCUUUGGUUCGCCGCAUUCUGAUCUAAAUUUUGGUUUGGGGAUUAGCAUGAAGACCAAGAGAACUGGG